UCUAUCUCUUCUUCCGUGAACCAAAACGAAGUCUCCCGUCUCUUUCUUCUUCUCUUCUAUCUUAUACUACAAAUCCUAUCACUUCCUCAAAUCGUCAAACACGCAUUUUAUCAAACACCUUAUAUUCAUAUAUUCACGCUAUCUCUCUUUCUCUUUGAAAAACUCUAAAAACCUCAUUUUCAUAGCGUAAAAAGGGGUUUUUUUAUUCGAUUUUUUCUCACAUAUGGUUAGGUUUGAUAUUUUUUUUUCCAAUUUUUUGUGUAUGAUUUUGUAAAUUAAUUAUGGAUAGAUCUGAUGGUAAAAGUUCCAUGGAUUUGUCCAAUUCCUCCAGCUCUAUCUCAGAUGGUGCACUCUUCGAUGCAUCACAGUAUGCAUUUUUUGGACGAGAAACUGGAGAGGAAGUUGAAUUGGGGGGUCUAGAGGAAGAAGGAAACAGUUUUGUUCCCGUGGUGGAUGGUGGACUUGGUGAUGACGAUACACAUGAGUACCAUUUGUUUGAAAAAGAUGAGGGAUCAGCUUCUGACGUAGAUGAUCUGGCAACUAUAUUCUCAAAGUUGAACAGAAAUGUCGCAGGACCUAGGCAUCCGGGAAUUAUUGGAGAUCGCGGAUCCGGAUCUUUCUCAAGGGAAAGUUCAUCGGCAGCUGAAUGGGCAAGGGAAACUGAUUUUCCUGAUUGUUUUGAUCAGCAUUUGUCUGACACUGAAUGUUACCAGGAGAGCAAAAGAUGGUCUUCACAGACUCAUCUCUCUCCUUCACAUCUGUCAGAGUCAAAACCGUUGUAUAGAACAUCCUCAUAUCCGGAGCAACAACAACAACUUCAGCGCUUUUCAAGCGAACCCAUUUUAGUGCCAAAGUCAUCUUUCACUUCUCUCCCUCCUCCGACUGGCAGAUCUCAACAAGCCUUACCAUACAGCCUGUCACAUCAUCAAAGCAUGCCAUCUCAGUCUCCCUAUUCAACAUCCAAUCUAUCCACUUUAUCAAAUCCUAAUAUCCAUUUAGCAGGUUUGUCUCAUCGGCCCCAGUACGGUGGAAACAUACCACAGUGGUCACCUCCUGGUCUUUCUCUCGAUACCCGGCUGCAAAACCACUGGACUAGUCAUGCGAGUCUCAGUCAUGGGGAUUAUUCUAGACUCUUAAAUAGUAUAUCUCCACAUCAGUUUCCACAGAAUGGUUUAUUGUCCCCUCUGUUAAUGUCCCACCGGCAGCUGCAGCAGCAAAGAUUGCAUCAUUCAGUUCAACCAUCUUUAGCUCAUUUUUCUGCACUGCCUUCCCAGUUUAAUUCCUUUCCUUCACCUGCCCAUCUGGGUAAGCAUGCUGAUUUUAGAGAUUCAAAAUCCAAGUCAUCACAUAAAGGUAGACAGAAUGUGCGCUUCUCUAAACUAGGCUCUGAAGUCGGUAGCCAAAAAAGUGAGAAUAAUGUUCCCAAGUUCAGAUCUAAGUACAUGACUGGUGAUGAAAUAGAGAGCAUCCUGAAAAUGCAGCAUCCUGCAUCACAUGGCAAUGAUCCAUAUGCGGACGACUAUUAUCACCAAGCUCGCCUUGCAAAGAAAGCAGCUGAGUGUAGGUCAAAACAUCGUUUUUGUCCAAACAAGGAGCAACCUUCACGAUCACGUAAUAAUAGUACAGACUUACAGCCUCACCUCCAUGUUGAUGCUAAGGGGCAGAUUUCAUUUUCGUCCAUCCGCAGGCCUCGUCCUCUUCUUGAAUAUGAUCCACCAGGAUUUGUAUGUAAUGGCAGUGGUGAUCAGAAGAUGUCUGAGAAACCUUUGGAGCAGGAACCAAUGCUUGCUGCUAGAAUUACAAUAGAGGAUGGUUUCUAUCUUCUCCUUGAGGUUGAUGACAUUGAUAGGCUACUUCAGUUUAGUCAGCCGCAAGAUGGUGGUGUCCAGCUGAGGCGGAAGAGACAGGUUCUGUUGGAAGGCAUGGCUGCCUCACUUCAGCUUGUUGACCCGCUUGCAAAAAGUGGCGGUCCAGUUGGGCUGACCCCUAAAGAUGACAUUGUGUUCUUAUGGUUGGUGUCUCUUCCAAAAGGCCGGAAACUCAUUUCAAGGUAUCUUCAGCUUCUUGUACCUGGUGGCGAGCUUGCAAGAAUAGUUUGCAUGGCAAUUUUUCGCCAUUUAAGGUUUUUAUUUGGUGGCCUUCCACCUGAUCCAGAAGCCGGUGAGACGAUCACUAGUCUUGCAAAAACAGUCUCUGCAUGUACAAGUGGCAUGGACCUUAAUUUGCUUAGUGCUUGUUUAGCUGCCGUUGUUUGUUCCUCAGAGCAGCCACCUCUUCGUCCUCUUGGAAGCCCUGCUGGAGAUGGAGCCUCUGUUAUUCUUAAAUCUGUACUUGAAAGGGCAACUUGUCUCUUAACAGAUCCUCAGGCUGUUACCAGCUUCAGCAUGCCUAAUCCUGCCCUUUGGCAGGCAUCUUUUGAUGCCUUUUUUGGUUUACUCACCAAGUAUUGUCUGAGUAAAUAUGACUCCAUAAUGCAAUCAAAGUCAAACACAGAAAUGAUUGGUUCAGAAGCUGCAAGAGCUGUAAGCAGAGAAAUGCCAGUCGAACUUUUACGUGCUAGUCUCCCGCACACAAAUGAGCACCAAAGGAAGCUGUUGAUGAAUUUUGCUCAGAGGUCCAUGCCUGUAACUGGAUACAACGCUCAUGGUGAAAGCAGUGGACAGAUAAAUCCUGAAUCUGUAAGCUGUUAGUGGAAACGGUAAGAUGGUCAUAAUUGCAAAUAAUUAUCAUGAUCACCAAUGUCGAAGGCUAGAAGCAAGGGUAUGUUGGGCGUCGUUUUAAUGCCUAAAUCUCCUCUUCCUCUUCCAACUUGUCCUCUUUUUUUUUUUUCUUUUUAAAUAUGAUGUGUGUUUCCAUCUUUUUCCUUUCCUACCUUCUUUUUCCAUGUUUUUGUUCGUACCUCUUUUCAACUUUUCUUCAUCUUUUUUGAAGUAAAAGUUUGGUUCUUUCCCUUUUUCCUUUCUCUUUUGUGACAAGUCUCAUCUUACGUAACUGUGUAUAAUGUCAGAAAGUGACAGGGUUAUUGGUCACUCCUAGUGUUUCUCGUCCAAAGAGCUUAUUUUUUAAUGCUCUUUCUGUAAACUUGGAUUAAAGCUGGAAAAGAUAGGAUGUACAGGCCAUUUAUGGAGAGUUUAGGGAGCACUUCGACUUGGCUAUCUCCCCUUUCUUUUUCGGGGAAGAAGGUGUUCACCCGAAGUGACGUUGCUGGCUCAUAGGACAUAAUGGUUCAACUCUGCAGGUUUGGUAGGAUACAUUUGCUAGACUUGAAACUUACAUGGAUGAAAACUGUAAUAUUAAUAUUACAUGCUCUUAUGCAUUGACUAUUGUUUUACUGAAUAACAUUUCCCCAUAUUGUUUACAAAGUUGUUUGAAAUAUGCCGUCCCCUGUUAGUGGUUCAGGUAUGCCAACGACAUUAUAGUUUUUACCAGUGUUGGCAGGUGCCCUAUGUCUUCAGUUUGUCGCAGUACGAGACGGGCUGUUGAUUCUGUGUUAUAGUCACUUUGUCACUGUAUGCGACUGAAUGUCAAUAUCAGUGCUAGUGCUAGUUCAGUGGCAAGGCUGCGAUAGGGCACGUUUCGUUUGAUGCAAGUGCUGAAUUUUUUCCCAGCCAAUUAGAGUUGAUAACUUAUGUAUGUUAGAGCAUAGUUUCUGUAGUUUUGCUUCUUUGUACUUCAUAUCUAUUCGAUGGUACACAGCGUGUGAAAGACAGGGCCUUUUUCUUUGUAUAUCAGAACUAUAUAGAUUAGCAACAAUGUAUGAUGGCUGAAGAGUACUUUGACUAAAA